CCCCCUGAUGGCCAAUAAUCUUGUGAGACUCGUCACAGUCAACAUGAAGGUAGCAAUAGGUAUGUGAAGCUGUGCCGCACAUCUAUAUUCAUGGUUUGUGUUUUUAUGACAGAUCAAUAAUUUGCCUCAAUUACUUUUACAAAAUAAAGACGAGAAGUGAAAAGUGGAAAUGUCUCCUACAGCAGAGACAUGACAGGGAUCAGAGUAAAAACUGCAUUUGUAGUCAUUAAAAGGCACCAAAGGAAGUUUCUUUAUGCACUCUUAAAAAUAUAAUGACAGGAGUUACACAACUUUUAUAAAUAUUUACCAUUUAUUCAAGGUUCUCAGAGAGUUAAUCGACUUUUUUGAUCCUCUGCUCUCUCUAAUCUCAUCAUCAGGUACACAUUUGUGGUUUUGAAUAGAGUCUGGACCAGAAUGUCAUUCCCAUUGUGAAAAGUAAAGCCAUAAUCCCUUCCACAGCACCGACUAAACUCACCUUAAAGAUCCCCGGGGUAGAUACAGACACAAAUAAUCAACCAAAUGUUUUCAAAAUCAAGUUUGCAUUCAAGUCCUGAGAAGUUUAGUUUUAUCAGCGAUAAGGACUUUGGCAGGGUAAAAAAUAUUAACAGGUAUUUAAAUUUUUAUAUUUUGACCCAUGUUCCCUCUGUUAGCAUAUUGUGUGUCUGAAGGGCUGUAUGUAUCUCUGGAACUGCAUCUCUAGGACCUGUUUUAUUGUGACAGAAAGGACAAAGGUAACAUUAGACACUAAUGAAGGUAAUGCGGCGCAUUAAAAAUAGACAUUAAUGAGGCGGCCAUCAGGACCACUAGGUGGUGCUGUUGUAAACAACAAGGGUCCUAAAUUGCUUGCAGUCCCUCUAUGUAGAGGACACAGUUAAUGCCAUAACAUGAUAAAACAGUGUAUCCUGUUUUCUAGCAUGUUAACAUAUUUAGCGAGCUCUAUGUUAGGAAGUUACCUCUCACAGAACCACUAGCUUUCUCUACUUUUAACCAAAGUGACUCACUAAAUGUAUUUAACUGCUUCAGUAUUUAACUUCCUUCAGCUGCUGAAAUGAAAGCAAGUUUAGUCAACGUAAUGAUCAAAUAUUUUGCCCUGUCAUGAAGUAUGACAUUAUUCUUGUUGCUCACAGCUGCAGCAUGAGAUCAGAAGCAACAUGACCUUUUAAAGGCUCUGUAUCUAAACAUAAGCGCCGGCAUUUCCUCUUGCUCUGUGGUCUUCAACCUGGGUGAGCUGUACUGUUCAGCUUGUGCUUGUCUCAUCUAUUCACCCUUUCUGUAUAAUAAGUGUAUUUGAUGAUGUAUGACUCCUGUAAUUAAGCCAAUGAAUUUACAGCAGGGAGGUUGCACACAACAAAAACCAAGUCAUAAACAGAAGUAAUGGAGUGAGACCGGGUUCACACUGUGGUGAUAUGAAAAUGAAAUGUUUUUUUUAUUGUAUGCAACAGACAUCAUCAGCAGUUUUUGUGCUCUGCUUUGGUCUAAUGAUGAUAAGCAGUGUGUUAGAGAAAAAACACACACACCAGGAGAAUAUUUCAACUAACUGGCUGUUUCUCAUGGUUAUGUAGCACCGCAUAAUACCAUUAAGUUAUUUCAUCGCUGUAUGUAAAAUAGAUGAGUGUGUUGGGAUUAGCUAUAAAACCUGCACCUGCCUGCAUCAGGCCUCAGAUCACUGUGGUAAAACCUAUAAGCCACAGAGCUCCAAUAACCCAACCAUCACCUGUUUAUUUAUGAUGUCAAAAAGAGAAGGAAAGAGGUAAAACUAGGCCAAAUGUUUACCUCUGAUACUUGAACGUCUGCUAUCGAUGUUGGAGGUUUUGUACGUUUACAAUAAAUGCAGAUAUUCAAGUAACUGUGUCUCAACUGAAAGCAAACUACCAUGAAAAAGCAUCAACAUAUUCAAAUAGACAUGAGGAAGUGCUGCCUCACAUGAAGCCCUGUACUUUUUUUUGUUCACAAGGAAAUGAAAUCACUCUGUGGUCGCAGAGAAAUAACUGCUGCUGCUGGUCAUUUGUAGCUGCUGCUUUUCUGUCUCGCUCAUGAGAACACAGAGAGGCUGUAGGACGUUCUGCUGUCAACAAAUCCUUGGCAGGGAGGGAAGUUUAAUUAUUCAGAGAUGGGUUUUGGAGAGGAUCUGAGAUGCCCCCAGGCACACACAGCAGUCAUGAAGCUGCUGGACUCAGAGCUUCACCUGAUGGAGGUCAUGAAGAAGUGGAUGGGUCAACGGGCGAAGAGUGAGCGGGAGUUUUCAGUGCAGCUGCACCACAUGGCAACCACAGUGGAGAAGCUGGACCGUCCUCAGACUGGCGCAGGGUUGGACUACAUCAGCCAGCUUAACCAGGUGAGGUGUUAGAGAGCUUUCUGAUUAUCAAUUGAUUAUUACUUAUCACCUCCUAGUUUCAUUUAUAGUUGACACUGAAGUUAAAACUGUUUGAAAUCACCAACAUCAGUAACUUCCUUUAAGAUUUCCAUCAGAUCAGGUAUUAGAUUUAAAUUUGGAUGAAAAUAUGAGAAUUAUUCACCCACUUAUGAUCAAAUGGUUAAAAAAAGGCCUUUCCAGUGAGAAUUUCUUAUUUUUGAUUAAAAAUUAAGUAAAUUUUAACCCAAUUCUGUUGUAGUUCAUGGUCGAAAUUUUAAGGUGGGACACUUAUUACAGAAAGAUUGAAAACAGAGUUUGGGUUGCAGCCUGUUUAAGGAGCUGUUCAGACAGACACCCUUUGGCGCCAACCGUGUCAAAACCCACUGGUUUGUUUUAUCUUUAAGUCUGACUUUUAACAAAAGUUAUUUAAAACUAUUGAAUAUUCUUGCAAUUGGAAAUAACCCACCAAAGAAAUCCAGAUCGAUCUGCAGGUUAAGUUUAUGAGGGACUGUACAUCCUGUAUUGCUUUGUGAGAUAAACUACGGUUGUUAAAGCUGUCCUGUUUGAACGUCACCCUUCUGACUCUUUGUUCUCCUGUCUGUCAGUCAUGGGGAGUGCUGGUCUCUCAGACUGACCUUCUCAGUCAGGUAAUGAAGAGGCGCUCUGAAGAUCUGCUCAACGGUCCCCUCAGUAAACUGACACUCCUCAUCAGAGACAAACAGCAGCUCCGUAAAACCUACUUGGAGCAGUGGAACCUGCUGAGGCAGGAGCUGAGCAAGGUGAGGGUCGAAACACAGACACGUUUACGUUUUGUUGACUCUUGGGGACCACUGUUUGGGGCAGCUUGAUAGGGACCACCGGUAUUGAGGGGUGGAGAGACAGGAUUUAGAUUGCUAUGAAGAUUCAUGUUCACAUAACAACGUCUGUAAACACCCACACACAUGCUAAAAGGCCUGUGACCCUUUGUACAGUCAGACCUCUGACUCUGAUACCACUCACUCAUUACAAUAAGAUGUUAAGUUACCAGGCGCUGAAUUUAGAUACUGCUUCUGAUGUCCUCAAAUUCUCCCUUCGAGGGACACACAGAGAGACACUAAGAGCCAAAAUAAACCAAAUAGCUUCAAAUAUUCCUAACAGAGGACAGUAUUAUUACACAACUGAGUGACUACACAUUUACUAUGGUCCAUGAGUCGAUGUUUGCUGGAGUGAUAUAAACCAUUUGUUCAAAUCUUCUGUACUUCUAAGCAGCGAUGUAAUUCAGUUGCUGUGAAGAAAUAGUUUUUUGCAACCUCUGUUGAAAUUUUAAAAUGAUACCAAGCCUUUCAUUUGUGUAAGAGUUCAGUGUUCACAGUCAUUUACACUUCUUUAUCUCUCACCUGACUACAUACAUUUUUAAAUGAAACAUACAAAGGUGAUGAAAUAUUUCUGUAUAAUGAGAAAUUAAAAAAAUAAUGAAUAUGGUAGUAAAGAAAAUGCUGGUAUGGUUGUUUGAGUUGUUGACUUGUUUCACUUAAAGUUUGUUAAUAAGAAAGUUGUACAUAGAUCUAGAUUUUGUUAAUGAGUAGGAGGCUUUGUCACUUCAUUUUGAUGAUAUUUCAGACUGGUCGCUGCUCUGUGCUCCUUUUGUUUCCGGGAGAAAAUGAAGUCUUCGUUUAUAAUGAGCCACACAGAGGCUCAGCGGUUUUCAAGUGGUCUAGCCUCAGGGUACACCACCACCCCCAGAAACACAGCUGCAACCCAGAUUUGUAGAGCUCGACAAUUAAAAGCAGAUGUGUUACCUUCAAGGUGCAUUAUCAACACCUGCUGCUGCGUUGGAGUAUAUUUAAACUACCCUUCAAUUGUCAGUGCAUUGGGUCACAGGGCUUUUUGAUAACCAAUAAAACCCUUUUUUCUCUGACACACAUCUAGACCCACUGACAAUGGCCCCACAACUAAUAAUGGGACCUGACUCACCAGUUGAAGAUGUGGAUCCAUCAUGCACUAUCAUUAUUUUAAUCUUUCAACUGUGCAGACAAAGUGCAUUUGAGGUUUUGCUGCAUGUGCAUCACUGUGUGGUUUUACAGUAGAAAUAUCUUAUUCAGUGAUUACAGCUGCCCACUGUCAGCGAUCCUAUCACCUUCAGUUUUGAUGCUUGGCCAACAGCAACUUAAACAAAGGUUAGAUCAUUUCCUCAUGUCUUUUCUCAUGUCUCUUGUUCCUCUCAAGUGUAACAUGAACAGGCUGCUGUCCACUUCCUGUGUUGAACAGCAUUCACACUCCAUUGCGGGGUUUUUUUUUGCAUUACACAAGCAGCACCUUUGCAGCACCUACACUCAUCCUUGUAUUAUUCCCUUCCCAAAUGAUUGCGUGCUGCUGUUUGUUUGUGCACCACUUCAGGUGACUCAGACAGAGCUGGAGAGGCUGAAGAGCAGCUAUCGGCACGCAGUGAAAGACGCCGCUCAGGCUAAGAGGAAGUACAUGGAAGCUUACAAAGGUGGGGAAAACAUGGCAUCAGUCACUUCUCUAAACAGAAUCACUUUCAUGCUUUCUAUUUAAAAACCGUGCUAAUCUCACAUAUGUAAUUCUUACACAAUUUUACGUGUCUACCUCUCUCUGUGUGUGCAGAUAAAGAGCGAGACAAGGCUAAAGAGCGUUACAUAAAAGCUUCACUAAAACUCCAUCAGCUGCAUAAUGAGUAUGUGCUGUCUGUGCAAGCUGCUCAAGUCUACCAUCAGCACCACUACAGUCAGAUUCAGCCCGCUCUGCUCACUGCACUGCAGACCCUGCAAGAGGAGAUGGUGCUCAUACUGUAAGAUCUCAUAAAAACAGAGUGUGUGCAUGCAUAUGUGAGAGUAUAUUUACUCAGCAUUACUGAUACAUCGCCUUUUAUACAAAUAUGCGGCCAAAAAGCUUCAUAUAGCAAGAAUAACAUUGAAGUAGGUGAAAACUAAUCAACAAUAAUAGAUUCAACUUUGUUAAGAUAACAAAUUACAAAAAUCUAAUUUCUAGAAAUGAAUUAAUGGAGUUUGAUGAAUAAGACAGAGAUAGGGAAGUUAGCAGGUGGUUCAUGUUGGGGUCUUGUCUCACCCUUUCAGGAUUCACCAGCUGACUUUACUUUAUCCUGCUUUUUACUGGCUGCCAAUUAAAUAUACAAACAAGCUGUCUGUUAGUAUUGAUCUAAAGGUUCAUUUAUUGAUUUGGAAGGUCUUUAUUGAUACUUUAUCUAUCUAUAAUAGUCCCUCAGUUUGAAUAGUUGGUGAUGCUUCGAUGGCAGCGGAUUUCUUACCAUCUUACUUACAGGUCGUUUUAGAUUUUCAUGAACUUUUUCUUUCACAGUAAAAUCAAGAGCUUAUCGUGAUUAACUGUUAUAAAACACAUCAAACUUAACAAUGUGGUUCACCUUUUUUGUUGGCAUUUUCUCCCCAUUAAACCAGUCCUGGUACACGGCCAAAGCCCAUGCUAUGAUGAGGUCUGUGAUUUUCAUCCAGCUCCUCGUGUGUUUAAACGUCCUUUCUUCUGUUUCUCACAUCUUCCUCUUUAGUGGUGUGUGGUCAGCUGUUCAUCUCCCACUGAACUGAGAGUAAUAUUAAAAAUAUCUCCCUCACUAUCCUACCGGAAAGUGACAUUUUGGUCACACUGUCAACAUGAAAUGGUAAAAUUGUCAUAAAUAGUGAGCUCACUUUGCCUUAACUCCCCCCAAUAGUUUGAUUUGACCAGCGUGAUGUGUGUAAUCAGGCUUUCCCCAGGGUCAGGAUGAAUAACUGUAUGUGUCUUAACCAAUCAGAAUCAAGUAUUUAACACAGCCAGGUGAUUACUUGGAGAGCCUGUAAUAAGAUGAUAUAAACAGCAGAAAUAAGAAGCAGGAUUACUCUAAAUUGAAAGCUAGAUUAGAAACAAAGGCCUGAAAUUGCUUUUUGAAAGCGCAAUAUAUCACAUAAAGGUUGUGUUAAAUAGAAAAUGAGAGGACUGUUGCCUCGUGGUGAUUCUUUUCACAGCUUUUGUUUGCUUUUAGUGGACAGGUUCCCAUUUAUGCUUGCAAGAAACGAAAGCAGACCUCAAAGUAUUUUCACCCAGCUAGAACACAGUUGUGGUCCACAGUUGUGGUCUAUCUAGGUGAAUAUACUUUGAGGUCUGCAUGUGUCAAACUCUGAGGUAGGUUUUCCUGUCAUUUUGGACCGAGGAUCACUUAUCUUAUGAGCAGAAAGUCAGACUUUGCUUGUAGCAGCAAAUGCAAGAAACAAAAACCAAAUAGUGUUAACUUUUAAGGAUUGAAGAUCAAAAUGAAAAGAAAAGUGAGAUUUUCAAUGGCUGCUGCCUUUAAAGUUUGCCAGUUUGAGUUCAUGUUGCAGCUUGUCCGGACACAGUUUUCAGAUACUCCAUUAAAACACAUAAUGUCUCUUAUGUAAAUGUCUCUAUGGGGGCUGUAAAGUUUAUCACAGUAAAGUUUAUCAAAGUAGACUUUUAAAGCAAAAACCCCUAAAAAAAACAAACCUGAAAACGUCCCUGUAGGGUUUUAUUGAGGCUCACAGAUAAAAAAAAAUACAUAAUCUAGAUAAGGCUCAAGCGCGCACAAAUGGUCCUUGAAGUUACUGAACACACUACUUAAAGUGUUUUAUAUCAUGCUAUUUGGCCUCUCCUGAUGCAGAAAGGAGGUCCUGCAGGAGUAUUUCGACAUUUCCACGCUCCUGCAUCAUGAAGUUGUGAAGAUCCACCGGGAGAUGUCUACCGCUCUAACAGCCAUUGAUCCCUACAAAGAGUAUGAGAGCUUCAUCCAGCAGAGCAGGUAGAUGGAGGGGGAAACUUCCCCUCAGAUGGCUGUAAAGCAAUAAUGGGGGCUUACCUUGCAGAGCUAUGAUGCUGUGGAUUGUGUGGUUUGUGUGUUGCAGGUCUGUAGGGGAAAUUCCUGCCUGUGCAGAGUUUGAUUGUAGUGUUUUGGAGGGAAAUGAACGGCUGAAUCCUAGAGAGAUUGAACUGAACGAUCUCACACUUGAAUCAAUCCAGCACAAGUGAGAACAAGCAGCCCCCAUUCUCCUUUUUUAGUAUCUCAAAAUUCCUUCUCUUGUUUUUGUUUUACAUCCACUUUUUUUCUUAGAUUCUUUUGCAUCAUUUUCUGCUUCUGCUCAAUUCAUUUUUCCGUCUCCUUCUUUAAGACUGACCGCUGUGGAGGAGGAGCUGCUGGACCUGGCUCGGACUCUGGGCUCCCAGCAGACAUCAGUGGAACAGCUGGAGAUGGAGCUGGAGGCCGAGCUGGAAGGUGUCAAGAAGGGGCAAAGGUGAGCAGACCAAACACCAAACCCAGAAUCAGAGAUGCUCUGAUGUUAAAUUUAGAGGGGAAGCUUCAAAAUAAAACCACACCUGAGGCAGCUGUGGAGACAGGUCACCUCUGCCUGUGGGAGUGAUCCUUCCUAUCAGGAGUGUUCAGGGUGCUCUUGGCUAUGCAGCAGCGGCUAAUAACCGGGGUGUUCUCAGGGGGCUGUAAUGCUGCAUGAAAUAUUAUACAGGGCUACGGUCAGAGUUAUGGAACCUGAUGUCCUAAUUUGUCUUGUUUGAUGAGGCUGUUUGAAGGUGUGUGAGUUUUACAGUCCAGUGGGAGCCAUUGAGAGCAUGCUCCUGGAGGAAAUGUGGACAAUUUGCUUAUUUGUGGAAAGUUAGAACCUCUUAAGGGCAUCUGGGGAGAACAUAUGGCAGUGUUAGUGAGGUGAGUCAAGUUCAUGCUGCCCCUUGGUUUGUUUUUUGAGGAAGCGUUUUGUAACUUAACAGUAAAGUGAUGUGAGAGGUUGACCUUGUGACCUCUUGUGCCUGAGAUUCCCUUUACUUGAGUAAAAGUAAGACUGAAUGUGCUCAACCAUCAAUGAAUGAUGAUUCAAAAAUUUUUAGUCAUUGAAAUAUUUUUAUUUCCAUAAAUCUGUAAAGCAAGUGUAUAAACCAUUGACCUCCACACAACAGUUCCCUAAGAAAUCAGUUCAAUGUUUACAUCCUGUAAUAUCAUUAUCUGUAAUGUCAGACUAUGUCGUGCUCAUCUUUUCAGGAAUUUAUACUCCUGUUCUGACAUGAGCCUCAAACAUGUUUGGUUAAAAACAUAGACAGUAAUAAACAUGGGCAAAACUGGGGGUUGGCACGAUGGACAUGCUCUGUCUGUCAGUCAAGUUAGCCGCACCCCUAAUCGUCCCUUAAUGAAUAGGGCAACUGUCAACUGAAACCAAAACCGUUUUUUCAUGUUAUCAUGUCACCUCUAGCUGUAAAAAUUGACAUUUUCAUAUGGGUGCUAACAGGAUGUAGUCAGUAGGUAGUAAGUAAGUAGUAGUAGUCUGUCAUUGCUAGUAAAAGUUCUCAUUUCCUCAGGGAACUGCUACAAAAAGAGAAACUAAAAAUUUUCCCUUAAAAAAAAAUGUGUGUUAAAACACACACACACACACACACACACACACACACACACACACACACACACACACACACACACACACACACAUAUAUGUAAGCAUCUAUAAUUUGUAUUUCAAAUUAUUCAUGCUUUUUCUUUUUUCUUUUAUUUGUUUUUUUUCAUUAUUUAUAGAGCUAUGUUCACUCAACUUUGUGUUAUCACUAUCAUUAUUUGUAUAUGUUCGUGUUCUGUAUUUCUUCUCCCUUUAUUUAAUUAUACUUAAGUUUGUACUCUCAUAUUGUCGUUACUAUGACGACUCUAAUUGUGUUAGUAUUAUAAUUAUUUAUAUUGCUUGUAUCUUUUUCAGCACUUCUGUCUAUGUAAAAGUUGAGAGAAAACUAUUUACCUAAUUUGCACUCUUUAAUUUAAAUAAAAAUAUUAUCAGUAAAGAAAAAAGACUUUAAAGCAGUUUACUCACUGAUGGUUUAGGACUUGGGUCUUUAAUAUGUUUCUAGACUGUUGGUGCUGGUUUCUUUCAGAGUCUCUGUACUGUGAAUACUAUGUGACAGGUUUAUAUUGCCAUGCAUUUUCCUUGUAUGAUCUGUUGAACCCUGUGUUUCUUAGGUACAAUAAUCUCAGUAAUCAAGCCUGUGCAUGUAUUUGAAAUCAUUUGUUUACCUCUCUUUCAGGCCUCAGGGUUCAUUAAAUGUUUGCUGGUUUUACACGCUGAGAAAAUCCAGGACAAAGCUUACUAAGCUGUCACCAGAGACACCUUCUCAUUGACUGUGUUAGUCAAUAGGAAGCAUCUGCAAACCUAUUUGCACAGACAAACCCUUUAUUGAUGUCAGUGUGGUCUCGUUCUUUUUAUUUGCUUCCCUCCUGUUGUGUUAUUUACUUGUGCAACCCUUUUGAGUUGCUUACAGUGGCGAGGUCCCACGCUAAUCCAUCCUUCCUGCUUUGACCAGGGUCUACCAGUUCAGCAAAAGGCACGCACUGGAGGAGUGUCGUCAGCAGGUUGCACUGUCUCAGGGCCUGCGAGCCAGGUUAGAGGCCCAGAGGCGUACUCUGAAGGAGAAACUGGACCAUCUGGGAACCAAGGAUCCUCCUCUUGCUCUGAAGCUGGACCCAGACGCCAUCUCAAUCUCAUCUACCACAAGCAAUGUAGUUAAAAGCUUCUUUGUCUAUUCCGCUUUUUGUCUAGUCAUUAGUUCAUCUGAAAAUUAAAGGUUUAGUUCAUAUAGAAAAGACAGACAUCAUACCAGAACCAGCCUUUGACUCUAACACUAUGUUGUGCUCCUUUUUUAGGACCACAGCCAAAAACCUCCCAAAAUCCUCAUGGAGGGUAUAAUCGAUAGUCUGGGUGGCCGGCUAAAACCAAAAUGUGAGGUAUGUUAAUCUGUUUAAUCACAUUAUGCACACCUAACACUCUCUAUUUCUCAAAACGUUGUCCAGGGUGUUGAAGAGGAAGGACUCUUGUUUUAGUUUAGUUGUUAGUUCCACUUCCUCACUUCCAUGCCCUGAACUUUUGUUGUCACCUUGAGUCCAUGCCCUCAAAUCUCCAACCAUGCAACAAACUAUUCAUCAUGUUUUCGAGACGAUGGUAUGAAGUAGGAAACUGCACAGCUGAGCCUCUGGGCUGAGCUCAUUCAGGCAAGAUGUCUUUCUUUGGGGUCUCAUGCUGCUGAGAACAGGACUUUGGAGUUUUUAAAAACUUUUUUGUUAACUUGCCUCUUUAGAAAUCCAGCCUGGUUUGGCUACAAGAUAGCCAGUUUGCAUUUAAUCAUUUUAUCAUAGCCUUUGUCAGCUUCUCUGCACAAAAACUUGAAACAGAAACAUUACUUAUGCCGUUGAUCUUUUUUCAGUUUUUAAUCAGUGCUUUUCUCCGAAUAAUCUUUUACAAAAUGUACCCAGAAAAUCAUCUCCAACAGAUCAUCACAUAAAGAAUUAUUUCCAUCUGUUAUACACUGGACUUCCACCACAGAUUAUUUGCAGCCUUUCUUUGAGUAAGAUCUACUUGGUGCUCUCUGGCUCUCCUCCCUGUGUUAGCCAGAGGCAUGGAAGGUGGUGCAGUUCAACUUUAAAGCAUAACAGACUUCAACUUUGAAGUAUCUCCAUAUAAUCUCUACAGAAUCACCUUAAAAUCCAUCCUCUACCAUUUCUUCUUCUUUAUUUAUUCAAGAAAGCUUUAGAGAGUCUACUUUUCUCUCUUCCUGCCUCCAGGCGCCUCCUGUCCUCCCCACUGUGCAGGAGGUGGACCGUCCUCUGGUGCAGCAGGACUGGUAUCAUGGAGCCAUUCCCAGACCUGAGGUAGAGCAGCUUCUGAAGAAUGAUGGAGACUUCUUAGUGAGGAAGAGUCAAGAGAAGCAGGGUUACGUGCUGUCUGUGCGGUGGGAAGGAGUCUGUAAGCAUUUCCUCAUCCAGAACACAGAUGUAAGUCAGAAUGAGAACAUUUUCCAGUGUGUGUGGAUCUCUUGUGGUCAAGAUCACAGGCUGUACCAAUCAGAAACUGUGUGAACCAUUUUUUUAACAACCUCAUUGUUUCACAAGCUUUUCUUCAACAAGAGUCUUUCCUAUCAGUUUAGGUUUUCUCCUCAGCUUGUUUUCUAAUCAGUUUAUCUUCACUUUCCUAUGUGUGUCAGUAGAAUCUGUACCGUCUGGAUGGAGAAGGCUUUCACAGCAUCCCCCAGCUGAUUUCGCAUCUACAUUCCUCAAGACAGCAGAUCACCAAGAAGUCCAAUAUUGUGCUGAAGAAACCUGUCCUGAAGGUGCUGCUGUGGCAAACACUCAGAUAAAGAAUAAACUGUAGACAAUAUGACAGCACCCUAAAAGUGAGCCAAAGGAUUUAGAGCUCCCCCUACUGACUGGCAGCAGAAUAGUUCGUAUAACAAACACCUGUCAUUUUAACAGUUAAGAAAAUGGUGAACCAUAAAAAUCUAAAUCCACGUCAGUCCUUUUUCUCUCAGUCAUUGUUUCCAUCAGUUUAGCUAGUUUGUUGCAGCACCAAGUCCAUAUAUCUAUUUUUAUGACAAAUUUAGUGUUGUUUAGUAACUUGACACUGAGGUAUGAUUGACAGCUCUGUUGAAAAAUAGAGCCCCUAUGGGUGUGUGCAGCAUAACCUUCAGUUUCAGCCACAAAUCAACACAAGAGUCUGUUCUGCUGCAGACUGUAUUAAGUUGAGGGAUCUUUUAUGUUCAUCAGACAAAUCAAAUGCGUUUUGAUUUGCAAAGGAGUGCGAUCAUAGGCUGUAUACUGGACACAGUGUCGAUAAUGUCAUCCAUUUGUUUCUGAAGCUGAUUUGAAGCCUGUCAGCAGCAGCAGUCGCCAUAUUAGUCUCAGUGAACCACAGACAAAACUUUAGCUUCCUCUGAUUUGAAUAAGCCCAAAAUGAAUGUGGUACAAAAAAAGAUUAACUUCCUGUACCUUGGGUGCUGUGGGAGCCCUGAGCUAUUAAGACCAAAACCAUUUUUUGAAUUAGUCUGUCAGCGUGUUUAUUUUUGCUCUAAAAAGGGGCUUUUUUGCUGGGUGUGCUUAUGUGAGCAGCCUCAAGCGGGCACGCUGUAAACUGCAGUUUUUAGCACUUCUAGAUCAGUUUAAUUUCUCAAGACUGGAGGUUGCCGUUUGGGUCAGUCCUGAUGCACCAAAUAUGCAAGAUGUUAGCACCCACCACAGUUCUGUUAUAGCAUCACUUACUGUUUAUUGCAAAGAUCCUUAAAGAUUAAAAGCUUUUUGGACAGAUAUUUUAAAAUAUUAAUUCCUUUAAAAUGUUUCUAUAUCUGUAAAUCUGAACUUGUUCUCACAUUAAUUUGGCUCCAAAUUUUCUGUCCUUUUUGCUCUUCGUCUCUUGCUUUACCCAUAAUUUUAGAAAGCCAUUUAACAGAAGGUGUCUCUGUUUUGUUAUUGAUCUGUUUAGGACAAGUGGGUCCUGGAACAUGAUGAUAUCAUCUUAGGGCAGCUCAUCGGACGGGUGAGUAACCUCUCUCUGCAGACUAAAGCUUUUCUAACCCAUAAGUAGACUUAAUUGGUUGUUGAUUUCCAUAACAUGGGUUCUAUGGAGAGUAAAAUAGACAACAUAGCGGCUGCACCAAGAUUUCAGUGUUUAGUAAGUGAUGAGGAACCGAGUGUUUUGUAUGAAGCUAAAAAGUCUCAUUAAGUGUAGCUGGAUGUAAUUUGAGGUUUUAGGGGUGAGUAUUUCAGGAUGAGGCAAGAGCUGCAAAGUCUGUAUUUUUUUAUAUAAACUUCCUUCUUUGUGUUGCCUCAUGUGGUGAGCAAAACAAACUGUGAAAAAAAAAUGGGGAAAUUUGGGCUAUAAAAGUAAAAUAACUGCAACUAAAGCACUCGGUUUGUGUUACUCAAACUGCCUCAGACUCACACAUGCAGCAGCUAAGAGAAGCUUUAGACAUUUCUCUACCCGGCCUUGAAACACUUGUAUGAACCACUCUUGCCCACAAACUGUAAACUGUGAGCAUGAGUGGAUACAAUGAGUGUUGGUGACCACAAACCCUUUCUGUGUACAUGUGACUAUGUAAACAUUGUUGUAUGAAAACAGGCUUAUGAAAAGGUAUUGAAUAGUGCUAACAUGUUGAAGUGUUUAAAAUCAUCAGAGCGGAGGUAACACUAUGUUUUUACUACACAGGGUAACUUUGGUGAAGUGUACAGUGGUCGAUUACGUUCUGACAACUCUCCUGUGGCGGUAAAAUCCUGUAAAGAAAGCCUGGCCCCAGAGCACAAGAAUAAGUUCCUCAUGGAAGCUAGGUUAGUGCACACACACUCACACAGACCCACAAAUAUAUACACACACACACACACAAGCUCUCACACUCUUUUCUUCUCCUCUCCUGUGUCCAGAAUCCUGAAGCAGUACGACCAUCCAAACAUUGUGAGGCUGAUCGGUGUGUGCACUCAAAAACAGCCCAUCUACAUCAUCAUGGAGCUCAUUCAAGGUAAACAUCACCCCUCUGGACUCCAGCUUUAUUUCUCCCAGCGUGUUUAUCCAAUAGCUUCAAGCUUUAUUGUUCUAUUAUUGCUUUUCCACUUUGUUCCUCUAUCAUCGCUCUGUAAUAUUUGUUUGUGUGUCUGUCUGUCUAUCUACACUUCUUAUAAGGUGGGGAUUUCCUCUCCUUCUUGAGGCGUGAGAGUCUCAGUCUGAAGACCAAGGUGUUGGUCAAAAUGACAGAAAAUGUAGCGUCUGGCAUGGAGUACCUGGAGAGCAAAAAGUGCAUCCACAGGUUGGUGGAUUAACUCAUCAAUAAUCGUAACGGUCUGGUUACUGUAGCUGAAAGAGCUCUUCAACAGUAUUAGCAGCAACAACACCACAAUCAUUUUAUUCAUUCAAAACCACCACGACCACCGGGGUCAAAUCAUUGAGGUAGAGAUCAUUUAAAGUUGAGAGAAUUCAGGUUUGCUGAAUUUUGGGCUGUUGACACAAAGGUAGGUGGUUCCUACUGAGCAAAGGUUUCGAGCUGGAGAGAGGGGAAGCUCCUGACGCUUUGUUGACCUGUUGCCUUUUUUAUGACUUUUGGAGUGAUAGUUUAUCAGGCGAUUUGAGGAACAGACAAUUGUGAGACCAGAGCCUGCAAAACAAAUCUAUCUUUGAGGACAAUAUACGCAAACCUGUUGUCUAAUCACUGACCUAUUUAAAAUAAUGGGUUCCCCACAGACAUGCUGGUGAGCUGAAAUCAUGAAGAGUCAAAAUCAUAUUUUCUCUUCAAUAAUUCUUUUAUUCAAUGAAGUAACACACCAAAUUCAGAGUGGUGUGCACAAUGUUUGUACGCUCUGCAAAUAUCUCCACACCUUUAUUUACAUCCUCUUUUUCAACGCAGCACAAACAAGCCUCCUCAGAUGAGCGCACACUGUGUUUUAGAUCUGAAAUACAGGAGCAAAUACCGAGGUAAUUCACAAAGAGGUAUGGCUCGAUGGAAACAUAAAUAUUAAUUGCAGAUUAAAACAUGUACCUUUUGCAUAAUGUAUAGAGUGGUAUCAACAAGAACAUAAGCAGUACAUGCCUCAGGCGGAUGUCCUAAAGAGGUCCUAAUGAUAGAUAAUACUGAAACAAAUAUACUUCCUCCACAUUUACUUCACCUGCAGUUACUGUUAACAAAGCUGUACUUUCCCAGCAACACUUCCCCAUGUGUGGACAUAGAGGAUAAACAGCUGACUGAAAAUGAGACAGUUUGCUUGAAUUAUUGAGAGCGACUGAGGUCGUGAAGAGGAAGAUGGAUGUGUGCUCAACUGACAGGACAACAUUUCUUUUUCACUUUUUACUCAGACACUGCAUUCCUAUAUGAGACACUCUGUUCCUAAGUAACUCGCAGCAAUUACAGCUCAGCCAUAAUGAGAAUGAACUUGAUGCCACUGCAGCUAUCACAAAUAAACAUAUAAAAAUCUGUCCAUAGAGGCACAGACUGAGGAAAUGUUACAGAAGUAAACACUAAGUAGCAGAAGAUGAGGGUGACUGUUGAGCUGACCUCAAUUGCUGAUUGCAUGAUUCAAAGUUUUUAUUCAGUAUAUGACUUAUUUCUGUUAAUAAUAACUUAUGACCUAAUACAUAAAUUCAAGCUGAAGCUGAUUUUUUAAAAUCCCAUUAGAAACCCAUUUAAAUCUUUUGACAAAGAAAAGCUCAAGGAUACAACAAAACAGAGUGGGAGGUAAAAGGAUGAAAAGUGGUGAAUAACAAAAAAAAGAGAUCACACAUUAGGAGUGUUUUUACACGGUCCCUCCUCCAGUUUCGUACAUAACAAGAAAUUACUUACCUUUUAUAACUCCUUUUCCCAAACAGUUGGUUAAAAGAGGUUUGUUAUUGUGAGGUUUGUGUUUAAGUCUUAACACUUCAGAGAAAGGUACAUUACUGUGCACUUGUUAAUGUCUAUAUCUUUUAAACUUCUCUUGUAAGGCAACCUUGAGUGCUUUGAAAGGCGCCAAUAAAUAAAAUGCAUUAUUAUAUAUGCAGAAAAGAGCGUUAUGUAUUUUAGACAAACUUUACAAGCCAAAAGAAAACUGACUCACAACCCAACUUCAACUCGAUUCUCUAAAGGCUACAGACUAAACUCUGGCCUUCAUGAAAUCUUUUUUUAAAGCGUUCAUUAAAAGACAAAUGAUGAAAAGUAUGAGAUACCAAAAAAAAGAAGCAAAAGGUUUAAAACUGUGGAAGAUUUUCUGGCAGAGAAAAGACGAGGAGCAUGAGGAGAUCUGCUGCAGAGCAUGAGUUAUUGCAUAGCUUUGAGUGAGGCCUCUGAGGAGCUUGUUGGUGCUCUGGAGCAGACAUGAGGUUUUGACGCCUGCCUUAUUACAGAGGCAGCGUACUGUUUGGCCAGCGGGGACAGAUCAGAGCGAGCUGCUGGUAGCUGCUCAGCCUGAAACACUGCAUGUCAAAGUGUUUCACAUGCAACACCAGAGACAUGACCAAAAUGCCUGUUAUCCUCCUCCCUUUAGUGCUGUCUGUUAUCUCUUUUUUCUUCCAAAGCAUGAUGUUUUUCUGUCUUUGGUUUCUGUUUUUCAUCAUCCUCUGAAAAUAUCCCUCUUACAUCUUCCCUCUCCGUUUUGAAGGGACCUGGCAGCCAGAAACUGCCUGGUAGCGGAAAACAAUGUGGUGAAGAUUAGUGAUUUUGGGAUGUCCCGUCAGCAGGAUGAUGGUGUUUACUCUGCAGAGGGCGGCCUCAGACAGAUCCCCGUCAAAUGGACAGCCCCUGAAGCCCUGAACUAUGGUAAAUUAUAUUACAGCUGCAUCUGCCCAGCUGUCAGAUCCAGAAACACUUCUGCUGCUUUUUUCCACUGAGAGUCAAUAAAACGCACAGUUUUGUGCCUUUACUAACACUGUCCUCUGCUGGUGAUUUUAGGUCGUUUCACCACAGAGAGUGAUGUGUGGAGCUUUGGCGUCUUACUGUGGGAGGCCUUCUCCCUGGGGAUGACCCCGUACACGAGCAUGUCCAAUCAACAGACGAGAGAUGAGGUUGAGAAAGGUGAAAGUUCAUAUCUGACACUCCCUGCCCUCUGACACUGGUGCUUUUCCUUCAUCAACAUUUCACUAUUUUCAUGACUGUGUUUCAGGAUACCGUAUGCCCGCUCCACACGACUGCCCAAUGGAAAUCUAUAGAAUCAUGAGCAAGUGCUGGCAGUACGAACCCAAAAACAGGACAACCUUCAAGAAACUUCGGACUGAGCUCAGGGCCAUUUACAGCAAAAUAACAUGAUACCAGCCUUUUCAUUGGACAGUGAACUAGGACUCUUUUUCAGUCUUUUUUAUUAUCAUUAUUUGUCUGUUGCAUUGUGUCUAGACUUGCAAAUACAAAGUAAAAUGAAAAUAUAUUUAAAAAAUCUAUUUUGAGAAAAGUUAGCUUGAAAAGGGAGUUUUGUUUACCAGUAAAACACAGUUGGUGGUA